AUGAGCUCACCGGCCAAACCAAGGCCACGAUCAGCCUACCAGCUCAGCCCAGUCUCAUCAACCCAUCCGAGCUCAGCCGACGACCACCAGGAUGGAGACCUCGAACUCCGCCGCCAAGUGGCCCUCAAGUCGAAACUCAAUGGGACGGCGAAGACUAGCUUGAAUUGGUUGUGGCGGAAAUCCGGAAUCUUGGGUAACUGGAUGAACAAACAAACUGGGAAGAUCGGAAUGGAGGCAUUCUGGCCGAGUUCACUGGACAUAGAAUGUGACAAAUGUGCGCGAAUUUUGUAUACUUUUACCCAACGAGGAGUGAAUGGGACGAUCCACUCGACGCUAGACGAACCGCAACUGGAGCGCAAGACAGCCCGCGUGGCAUUGAAGAAGAUCCCGACGCAUAUCAUCCAGCAAGCAGAAGGUCUCGCCAUCUUCACCGUCUUCCGUUCCGAACCAGGCUCCUCAUCUGCCUCGGGCUCCGGUGUGGUCAUCUCCAGGGACUCGCCUACCACGUGGGGCGCUCCCAGUGGCAUCUUGAUCCACACUAGCGAAUUCGGCUUCCUUGCUGGGGUCGAGGUGUACGAUGUCGUGCUUGUACUGCGGACACAAAAAUCAGUCAUGUCGUUUGCUAAACCGAAGGUUUCCCUCGGAGCCGAACUCGUCGUCGUUGCUGGACCGAUCGGAAACGGCGUCAGUUUUGAUUCAGCUCCCGAGACCAGUCCUGUAUUCUCAUACACGAAAUCUAAAGGGAUCUAUGGCGGUUUUCAACUGGACGGAAACAUCAUUAUAGAGCGGACGGAUGAGAAUGCGAGGUUUUAUGGGCGGAAGGUAAAGGCUGAGCAGAUCUUACAAGGCGGAGCGGUUGCGGUACCACGAGCGGCCUCCGGCUUGAUAGCGGUGAUAGAUGCGGCGGAGGGGAAGACGUAUGAUCCGGAGGACUUCCCGCAGUCGAUUGAUGUUGCGCCGAGUGAGGAGUCGACGGGGGUAUCGACGAUCCGGGAGAGUCGAGCGAAGGCGGCGGAGGAGACAGGAGUUGCCGAGGCGGCGGAGAACGAGGAGUCGUCGGAGCCGUCGAGCGUGGAGGACUACAGCCUCCGGCGCCGGACCAUGCCGCCGAUGUCCUUCCAUCUCUCCAGCUCCCCGGGCAAGGCGAAGCCGGACCCCAAGCCAAGCCCCGCUCCUGCUGUUGAAGCCGACAAAGAAAACGCACCAGUCACCAUCAUCCUCCCCCUCGUUAAUUCUCUCGCCGCACCUCCACCCCCACCCCCACGGAGAAGAGGACACACCGUCUCGCGCCCCUCGACCGGAGGCUCAACAGAUCCUCGCCCCCCAUCCACCCUCGCCUCCAGCCAAGACAAGCUCCAGCCCUCCACAGACCCAACUCGUCCUCCUGCAGAUCUGGAAGCACUAUCAAUCCCUGAUAGCGUUGCUCUUCUCUCCAAUACUCCCGAUAACAAACCUCCUGAGCCCUUCCUUCUCCACGAACGAUCAGACUCCAGUCACUCCAUCACCUCCCCCCCUAAUCCCUCUGAAACCGCCCUCAACUCCGUCCCUGAAUCAUGA